AACAAAAUUAGAUAAACUUCUUUAGUUUAUGUUAGGUCGGUUUAGAGGAAACAAUUUUUAAAAAAUGCUUAGCCUGGCCGCCAUUUUUUUCUGUCUUAAUCUAGUUGGGUUUGGACAAGGAGCUACAUGUGAGUGUGAGAGCAUGCUAUUGAGUUCUACAGGAGGCCUAGCGAACGAAUGGCCAAUAUUUAUGAAUACCUGGAUAUUGGAUACAGUGGAGUAUGACGGGCAUCCUCAGUACAGAUGUGACGAAUGUUUCGGGGCAAGAAAAGUGCUGAUUUGGCUGGAGGAUCGUUGGUCUAUUGUGGAUUGCAACCCCGAUAAUUCAGAGGGAUGUCAGGGUGUACAUGAGUUUGUAAGAUCUCCACGUGUACCGACAGGAACCUGUUUAUGGGAUGUACAGGGAGAAUGGGAGUAUUGUGAUGGUGAGAUAUCUGUGUCGUGUUCCCAUUGGUCUAAAGAUAGUUCAGUGCAGUUCACAUGUACUGAGUAAUGAAGAACUGAUAAAGAAACUGAUUCAUCACCCCAACUUUUCUAAUCCUAAUUUCUUUGCAAUCGGAUGCUUUUCAUGCCAUUAUAAGUUGCAAAAAUUUAGGGAUAGAAAAUUAUGGUUUUGAGGCAUGUCAAAAGUUUCUUUGCAAAAUCAAGAAAAUUUAUCUGCUCAAUUCAGUAACCAUAAAAUAACAUUUUUAUUAUAAACAUGUGGAAAUAUUUUUGUAUAAAAUGCUUAAUUUGAAUCUUACAAAUUUGUGAGUUAAAUAAAAACAACAAACAUAA